AUGGCGUCCCGCGUACAAGAGUUGCCCGACGACUUCGAUGACAAGAUCGACCUGAACAAGGCACCGGUCGAGACGCAUGGACCUGCACCAGCACCGACUGCUGACGGCGGCCUUUCAUUCGACAUGAUGAUGCAAGCCGCUGCCAAACACUUGCCGCCCAAGAAGGAUGCACCCACACAAGGCGACCCGUCUCAGCCCGGCGCAGCGAUGCCUCCUGCCAUGGAGACGGCAAGACAGUACACAGCAGACGAAAUGUGGCAGAUGCUCAACAAGUCUCCACUUUUCAUGACCGAACUCGACGAGACGGGUGAAGAUGGUGGAGAGAACGUGGCUCUGGAAGCUCUCAAGGCACUCGCGUAUGAAGGAACCCGCGCCGAAAACGCUGCCUCAUUCCGCGAACAAGGAAACGACAACGCUCGUCUGAAGCGCUGGAAGGACGCCCGCGAGUUCUACGACCGCGCUCUGGGAGCCUUGAAGUUGCCUCAAAAGACUGGCAUUGCAAAGGAGGGUGAUGAAGCCGCCGAGCACAACCUACACGAAGAGGACAUGGUCGAACUCGACGAGGAGGAAGAGGCUCGUAAAGAGAAGGAACAUGAGGAGGCAUCUCUGGUCAACCGCGCACUCUGCAAUCUCGAGAUGAAGAACUACGGCUCUUGCAACCGCGAUUGCGCUGCUGCCUUGAAGAUCAAUCCUCUGAACGUCAAAGCAUACUACCGCAGCGGCAUGGCCAACUUCCACCUCGACAAACUACCCGCAGCAAACUGGUGUUGCAAUCUAGGCCUCAAGAUUGAUCCUACCAACAAAUCUCUCCUCAUCCUCCAAGACAAGAUCGCCAAACGUGAAGCGCAAAUCGAAAAAGCAGAACGCGAACAACGGGAAAGAGAAGAGAAAGCUCGCAGAGAAAAGCAAACAUUGGCAUUGGCAUUAAAAGGCCGCAACAUCUCUACUCGGUCAACGACAACAGCACCACCUCAACUCGAGGAUGCCGCUAUCCAACUCGAGAACCCUAUGGAUGCAGCCUCGACUCUGACUUUCCCCUGUCUACUCCUCUAUCCCCUUGAUAACCAGACCGACUUUAUCAAAUCCUUUGCGGAAGAUGAGUCAGUAGGCCAACAUCUCGAGUACAUUUUCCCUCUGCCUUGGGACGAGGACCACCAAUACAUGCCCGAGAAGGUCGAAUGCUACAUCGAGACAAAAACCGGCGGUCUAGUCAAGGCAGGCAAGAAGAUGGCUCUGCUGAGAAUUUUGAAUACUGGCAAGGUCGAAAUCGUAGACUCUUUGCUCAGAAUCAACGUCGUGCCAAGCUCCAGAGCUCAGGAAUGGGUGGACAAUUUCAAGAAGAUCAAGGCUGCUGCAAAGUAA